GAGCUUACCGUUGCACAUGCGCAGUAGGUUCUGUUACCCUCGCCCCAUCCCCGGGGCGUUAGAAACCGCUAGCCAGAGCUGGCUGGCUCCCUACGCCAGUCUGGAGGAAGUCCGAGACCUUGAGCCCUAGUGAGGGGCAUAAAAGAACAGCAUGCAGGAUCCAAAUGAAGAUACAGAAUGGAAUGAAAUAUUAAGAAAUUUUGGCAUUCUUCCUCCGAAAGAAGAACCAAAAGAUGAAAUUGAAGAGAUGGUGCUACGCCUACAGAAGGAGGCAAUGGUUAAACCAUAUGAGAAGAUGACCCUUGCGCAGUUGAAAGAAGCUGAGGAUGAAUUUGAUGAAGAAGACAUAAAAGCUAUUGAAAUAUAUAGAGAAAAACGGUUACAGGAAUGGAAAGCACUUAAGAAGAAACAAAAAUUUGGGGAAUUGAGAGAAAUUUCUGGAAAUCAGUAUGUGAAUGAAGUUACAAAUGCAGAAAAGGAUUUGUGGGUUGUAAUUCAUCUGUACAGAUCAAGCGUCCCCAUGUGCUCAUUGGUUAACCAGCAUCUUAGCCUCUUAGCAAGAAAGUUCCCAGAAACUAAAUUUCUUAAAGCCAUCGUGAAUAGCUGUAUUGAACACUACCAUGACAACUGUUUACCAACAAUUUUUGUUUAUAAAAAUGGUCAGAUAGAAGGCAAAUUCAUUGGAAUUAUAGAAUGUGGAGGGAUAAAUCUCAAGCUAGAAGAACUUGAAUGGAAACUAUCAGAAGUUGGUGCAAUACAGACUGACUUGGAAGAAAACCCCAAAAAAGGCAUUGCAGAUAUGAUGGUGUCUUCAAUUAGAAACAUUUCCAUUUAUGACAGUGAUAGCUCCAACAGUGAUAAUGAUGCCAAGUAGAACUAGUUAAUAAAUAGCUUCAACGUAUAUGUAUUGAAUGCUUUAUUUUCUAUUGACUUUAUAUUCAGAUAAAAAAUGUAUAGAACUUAUUUUUAUGUAAGAAUUAGAGCCUACAUGUCAAUUGAAAUUUUUUCAGGUGUUUAAGAAUAUUGUCUCUUGAAAAUAUGAACUUUUACUCCUUAGUAUUUUUCUGUGACUUACUUUUUUCUGAUGCCUGUUGAAGAAAACCAGCAAAUACCUUAAGUCUUUUGUGUUGCAUAAUCACUUUCAAAAAGACCCAUGGAAGAAAAUAAAUUUAACUUUAUAAAUAAAA